UUGAUGUCGUGCACUGAAGCAACUGGUGCUUAAGACGCGUUUACAUCGACACGAGCGAACAGCGGAGAAUAUCGCGCUGACGCGGUUUCUAGAGGAUUAAUGCGAGUUUAAAUGCGUCUUUCGGAGGUUUCCAGUGGAACAGGAGGAAUAUAUGAAACGCAUCUUGAAGUUUUCGUAAGGAGGAAGAUUUCUGACUGACGGAGAGGUUUGGGUGUUUUCUGUGAUACAUAGUUGGCAUGUUGGAUUGUGUGUGCAUGCUGUCUGCUAUAUAACGCCGUCAUUUUCAUCCCAUCUGCAUGCUGCUUCUGUGUGUCCACCAUUAACGCCAUCAUGGGCGAAAACUGUGAUGCCAAUAACCCUCCGAUUCUCUCCUCCAAGAAGUGCAGCUGCAAACGUGAUUCUGUCUCUGAUCCGUGGCGGGACGUCGAACGUCUCCGCGCGGCUUUAGAGGUGGAGCGCAGUCGCAACCAGCAGGCCCACCGGCGCUUCUCUCUGGAGCUGCGGAGGCAACGUGAGGAGGCGCGUGAGGAGCGUGAGCGAGUGCUGAAGGAGCUGACCUUCCGACACGAGCAGCAGAAGACGCUGGAGCUGCUGAGGCAGCGGGAAGCUCUGGGCCGAGAGCGUGCGGCGGAGGUUCGGCGUCUGUUGCGCUGGCGGAGUCAAGAGUUGAAACGUACCGAGAACUUGACGCUCAGGCAAACCCAAGAAGUGCAUCGUCAGCUAGCGGAUGAGAUCGCUGGUAGAUCUGCAAUUAAAGAUCUCAAACUUGGAUGCAAAGGCAACGGGGUGGCAUACCGCAAACUUGAGGAGCUCUUAAAGACGCUGCUUGUUCAGGCAGAUGGACGGCAAGUCGCUGUCCUUCAGCGUCUCCAACAGGAAGUGGAAUUAGAGAAGAGCUACUACCUGUGCCACCUGCUGGAAGCCCACAGCGGGACGUCCCGUGUCGUGAAACAAUCCAGGCCAAGGUCGAAGAGUUGCGUCCAUCCGCUCACACAGGGUCAGAACCACCCAGAAAAACUCGCUCUGUUCCGGUCUCGUUCGCUAUCCCAUACGCCCCGAAGCGAAUCUCCUCAGCCUAUGAAGAAGAAAAAGAAGCAGGACUACGAAACGUCUCCUCUCAGCUCAUCUCCAGCUGAGGAAAGAGAUCUUCUUGAGGAUUUACCUGAGCCGUGUUCAUCUGAUGAAGGAUUGGAGAAGUGCUCACCAUCCAGAUGUUCAGAGGACAAUAUGGAUGAUCUGAAUGGCAGGGAUUAUGGUUUCCUGGUGCGGCAGAACUCGGAGCUGCUGCGGGCGCUGGAGGAGAUGGAGAAAUCAUGCAACGCUCUCAGAGAAGAGAACAGGAUACUGAGGAAGAGCAGUUCUCCAGAGACGGAGGAGAAGGUCAAGAGGUUAAGGAAGAAAAACACCGAACUCGCUGUCAUCGCCAAACGUCUGGAAGAGAGAGCACGAAAACUACAAGAAGCCAACCUGAAAGUGGUAAAUACCCCAAUGCCAGUGAAAGCGGGCGCUGUGGAGCAGUACAAGCGUGCGUUUGCCCGUCAGAGAGCCAGAGACCUGGCGCAGCACGCAGACACGCUGCUGUGUAAAGACAAACAGAUCGCAGCACUGCAGCAGGAGUGCAGACAGCUGGAGACUCGGCUGGGACACGGGAAGGGUCCUGUGGGAGUCAGUGAGUUUGAGCGUCUCCUGAAGGAGUCUCAGAAGGAGGUGUUGCGUCUACAGAGGCAGCUGUCUGUCACCUCCACCAGAGAGCAGAGCAGUGCGACGGCAGAAAACCCUUCAGAGAGACAGGAUACAGACGGCAGGGUUGUGUUUGAAACCCCGCCCACAGUAGUAGAUGAGGCCCCUGUUAAGGGGGAGGAGACUCCUGCAGAGGGGGAGGAGUCAGAGACACAAGUAAAGCCCGAACAGGGCACAGGCUCCACCCACCAGGAAGAGCAGACCACAGAGGAGCGUCUUCAGUUGCUGGAAAGUGAGUUGGGCAAGAAGAGGAAAGAAUGUGAAGUUCUUGAGCAUGAGGUGCGGAAGAGACAGAAACGAUGUCUCGAUUUGGAGAACCAGCUAGUGGACGAGCGCAGCAGAAAUGAGCACUUAGUGGAGGAGGCAGAACUCCUCAGGAGAAAGGCUCAGCUGCUCGACCAGUCUCAGGCUGAAAAUGAGGAGCUAAAGGAACAGCUCUGUGUCUUGAACACUCAGCAUAGUUCAGUACUGGAGGAAAACCAGCGACUCCGUGCAAAGCUGGAGAACCUAGAGCAGGUCCUAAAGCACAUGCGAGAGGUCGCCGAGCGCAGGCAGCAGCUGGAAUUGGAGCAUGAGCAGGCACUGGCUAUCCUCAAGUUCAAACAGGAUGAAAUCAAGCGACUCCAGCGGGCUCAGUUAUUUGCUAAAAGAGAACAUGAAGGUGUCGUGCAAAUGCUGGAGGAUCUGGUGCAGCUCGUAUUGCACAGAGAGCUGGCAAAAGUUAGGGAGCUGGAGGAGAAAUGCCGCAGCCAGAGCGAGCAGUUUGGGAUGCUGUCACAAGAACUGGACAAAUUCAGGGUUCAGGCCUCAAAGAUCGACCUGUCGGGCCCCGGCCUGCUGUCCAGCCCCAGCCUGACCCAGCUGACCAAUGGGGUCGGCCUGCCUGGUGAGACCGGCACAAAUGCCUCAUGGGAAGACAUCGCGUUCUGGAGUUUGGAGGGUAAUGAAGCCCUCUGUGACGCCUCUGAGCCUGAUGUGGCUGCGGUUUUGCGGACGGGCUCCACUCCACACGCGGCUGAACUGUCACGUCCCGAACGCUCACCGACCGUCAAACACAGAGAGCUACCUGCCAUCAGCGUGAAGUCCGGCUCCACGUCCAGCCCCACGCCACCUAGAUCUGAGACCACACACCUCUCACCUAAAUCUGCUGGAUCUCACCCGGCCAGCCCCAGAAAGGCCAGUCCUACACAUGAGGUGGACACUGCUAGUGAAGUUGAGGAGCUGGAUAUUGAUGUUUCUCCGGCGCCAUAUUCGGUCAGCAAAGGAGCAGCUAAACUCCAGGUCUUCAUUGCACGUUACAGUUACAAUCCUUAUGAUGGUCCUAAUGAUAACCCAGAGGUCGAGUUGCCCCUCACAGCAGGAGAGUACAUUUAUGUUUACGGAGACAUGGAUGAUGACGGCUUCUAUGAGGGUGAGCUGAUGGACGGCAGAAGAGGUUUAGUUCCCUCCAACUUUGUGGAGCGCGUGUCAGAUGACGACUUCAUGAGCUCACACCCUCACCAGGCUGGUGAUGUGUCCCAUAAUUCCUUCCAAGAAAGUAGCUUCCACAGUGGCAGCGAGCGGCUGCACCAACACCAUUUACGUUUUGCCCACACCGCCUCCGAGAGGACGGAGACCUCCACGACAGCCUCGGCUCCCGGUGACAAUGCCAAAGCCAACCCCGCUAACCCUGCCCCGGCUGUCCCGCUCACUAACGGCUUAGACUUGGAUCUAGAGGAAGUUGGGGUGGACACUGUGCCUUACCCCCGCAAGCUAACGCUAAUCAAGCAGUUAGCCAAGAGCGUCAUCAUCGGUUGGGAGUCUCCGCUGGUCCCGGCCGGCUGGGGUUCUGUGUUCAGCUAUAACGUCUACGUGGACCACGAGUUGCGAGUCAACGUGUCAUUUGGUACCCAAACGAAGGCUGUUCUGGAGAGAUUGGAUUUGGCGCAGAAAGCGUAUCGGAUUGCGGUGCAGUGCCUGACGGAGCGUGGCAACUCGGAUCAGCUGCGUUGCAGUAUGCUAGUCGGACGGGAUGUGUGCGUGGCACCGACUCACCUGCAUGUUGAACGUGUAACGGCUACCUCGGCCAGCCUAACUUGGCUGCCUAGCAACAGUAACUAUGUGCACAUUGUGUCUUUAAACGACGAGGAGUGUGAGCUGGUAAAGGCGGGAUGUUAUUCACUGUGCCUCAGUAACCUCACACCCAACAUGCAUUACAACGUUAAAGUGGAGGCCAGGCCACACCGCACAGCCUGGGAAUUACCUCCGGAGUGCCAAGAACGCAAAACCGCAGUGACCUCUUUCACAACCCUGACUGCAGGUCCUCCUGAUGCUCCUCUGGAUGUGCAGUUGGAACAGGGCCCUUCUCCGGGAAUAGCUCAGAUCAGCUGGUUGCCCGUUACUAUAGAUGCUGCCGGGACGUCCAAUGGUGUACGAGUCACUGGCUACACCAUCUACGCUGACAAGAAGAAGGUAUUAGAGGUGUCGUCACCCACGGCAGGCAGCGCUCUGAUUGGUCCAUCUCAGAUCCAGACAUUACAGGCGGCCCAUGAGCUCACCGUACGGACCAUGUCAGCUUUUGGUGAGUCGGUGGACUCAUUGCCGGUUAAUGUGCCCGCCAAAUUGCCUGCCAUCAUGUCCGGUGCCUCACUGCCUCAAUGCCAGUCUGUGCCAGCCACCGCCAGUGUCCUCAUGGCCAGUGCCAACCCAGAUCCUGCUGUCUGUGCCACAUCUCUCUCUGCUGCCAAAAUGCCCAUUCUGCCACACGCUGCUGCACUGGACGAGCACACCACUGGUCCUGUUCGGGGAGUCUAUGUCAGUACACCCAAUGCAGUCACUCAUGAGGCACCUCCAUCUCCUGCAUCCUAUGUAGAAGCCUGGGCAAACCCAACAUCAGCUCCACCCAUGGCAGUUCAGGAGGCACUGCAGCAAUAUGCCUCCAAUUCUAACUCAAUGGUGAGUGUAUCUGCACCUAUGGUUACACCUGUGCCCAUGGUCAUGCCUGUGCCUGUUGCUACACCAACAUCCAUGGCCGUACCUGCUCCCUUGACCACACCAAUACCCAUGCCCACACCAGUGUCCAUGACAGUGCCAGGUCCUGUGGUUGUGCCAGCACUUGCUACCAUGCCUGUGCCCAUGUCUGCGCCCAUACCUGCACCUGUUGUUGUACCUGCAUCAGUGCCAGUGCAGCCCAGUGUGGCUCCUGCUGUGCAGAACCCAGGCAGAGAGACGGACAGCCCAGGAGGCCAGCGUCCUGUUGCCUCCCUCUCCGACUUCUUGGAGGACCCCCGUGCCAAACUUCACACACCACCACCCAAUUCCACCUACCCCAAAGUCAAUAUCCCAGGAAAGGACCCUCUCGAUGUCCCAGAUACACACCCACUGAGGCCUCCCAAUCCAUCACCCUUUGAGUCAGAGCCCGAGGAGGACAGGGAAAAUGCCAGGCUUGUGUCCAUAGAGGAGUUCCUGCGGCCUGUACCUCAACCUCGAAUAAAGGUCUAUGCUGGUGGUCUUAUGGACCCUCCCCCAGACUACCAUGGGGAGAGCAGUCGGUCUGAUCUGUCUGACAUACUGGAAGAAGAGGAGGAAGACCUGUACUCUGAGCCUAUCGCUGACAUCCCAUCCAGAGGUUACAGUACAGCUCCUGCGGGCAGGUCUGAAAUGUGGGAACCUGACAGCGAUGAAGAAAUUUUGGAGAGGAUUAUAAAGCUCCCCCCUCAGGCCUACCACAACAAGCAGCUCUUCAGCAUCCCAGAAGUCACGGAAGAGGAAGACAACACCGAGUCGGAAUCCCACACUAGGCCUUCCCCAGGCCGAACUACUUCUGGCAAGGGCCGCCAGUGUGGACAUGAGGGUCGUCGACAUUCCCCCCAACAUCACAAUCAUGGACAUAAAACGGAAUCUGAUUUGCCGGUAGUGAGGUACAAAGGGACUGUGCCAAUCAGGACUAGACCCAGGGUGCACUACGCUGACACAGUGGACACCAUCAACUAUCUGGAUGAGGAUGAGGUGGAGUUGGACUCUGACAGUAGCCUGUACACUGGGCCUAGUUCUGUAAGUGUGGUUGCACGUCGCACACCGCACAAAGGCCAUGGUGACCGACUCAGGAGAGAGGCCUUGCUCCGUAGCCAGAUGACUUCAGGAACAGGGCAGGGAUCGUAUUUACUUAGCAAGACUGUACACCGUGUGAAGUCGCCCACUGGACCCUCAACAGAGAUUGAUGUAGAGUAUGGAACCGAUAAUGACGAGGAGCCUCAGCUGUUUGAUCCUGGAGAAGUGGUGUUAGAACAAAUGAGCUCGGAGUGGUGGGUGGAAGGCGGUAACAAUGAGUACCACCAUUUGCCCUUGACAUGCAGACCCCAGCCAGAGCUGCCCCCAAGCAGCCGCUCAUGGGAGGCAGGUGGAAGAGAAGCAUCGUUGGCAGAUCCAGGUGCAACGUGGUGUGAUGUCACUCCAAAAUCGCCACGCUCUGAAAUUAGACUGCAUAGAGAGCCCAGAGUAUCUGGAGAAAAUGAGGUGAGAGUCUUUGUUGCCCUCUUCCCGUAUGAUCCUGCAGUCAUGUCACCCAAUCCUGACGCCGCUGAAGAGGAGCUUCCCUUUAAAGAGGGCCAGAUUAUCAAGGUUUAUGGGGACAAAGAUGCAGAUGGUUUCUACCGAGGCGAGGCGGGUGGUCGUCGUGGCUAUGUGCCGUGUAAUAUGGUUUCAGAGAUCCAGGUUGAUGAUGAGGAGACCAGAGACCAGCUCCUGAUGCAGGGCUUCCUCUCCACGGAGGCGUCAAUGGAAAAGAUAGACGCCCGCUUACAUGCACAGCUUCCACGCCGUCCCGCUGCACCGCCGAAACCUAGACGCUCCAAGAAAGUGGAGUCGGCUGCUGUGUGGGACGACACGUCCGCUAUGGACUCCUCCAGUCAAGACCUCAGUCGCUCCGCCGGCGCAGCGGGAAGCUCCAGACCUCGCAGGAUGGUGGCCAUCUUUGAUUACGACCCGAGAGAGAGCUCUCCUAAUGCAGACAUAGAGGCUGAACUGACCUUCAGCGCGGGCGACAUCAUCUAUGUGUUCGGUGACAUGGACGAUGACGGCUUCUACUACGGGGAUCUCAAUGGACACAAAGGCCUCGUGCCGUCCAACUUCCUGCAAGCUUUUCCAGAGACGGAAGAGGAUGCUGCGCGAACGGAGCAUACGGUGACGGAGAGCCGCAGAGAUUCACAGGUGAGCCAGACAGAAUCGUCUGAGCAUCUUGAUCCCAUGAGCUCCUCUCAACUAGACCCGAAUCCACCAGCUCAGCCAGAACCGAACCCCAAUCCAAACCCUGAUCCGACCCCUGAGCCAGACUCUGAUCAGAAACCAAUCCUGAGCUCGUCUCCGCCGACGACCUCUCCGUUCCCCGACGCCUCCCUGCCCGAGAAAAAGAAGAAAGGUUUCUUUUCCAAGGGCAGGAAGCUCUUCAGAAAGCUGGGCUCCAGCAAGAAGGAGUAGCCGUGAGCCUGAAGAUCUGCAGAUUGCACUUUUUCUCGUGUGUCGUGUCCGUUUGAGUGUGUGAUAGGAGAAUCCCUCUCAUUCUCUGAUUUUUGCCAUAAUGAUGCAGAUCUACCAGCGCUUUCGUGUGUGAGACUGUUUCUUCUUUUCAAAAAACAAAUAAUCGCAAUACUUGUGCAAAUAGUAAUAUGGGUUUCACCAUUUGAACCCAUUACAGCUGUGACUAGAGCUCAUGCCUGUUGAAAAGCUGUGAAAAUACUCAUUUAAAGAGUAAAAGAUAGCGGAAUAUUCAAAAUAAUUGCUUAACUUCAAUAUAACAGCAUCUAGACAUGAACUAACCAUCUGCUAGCGUUCACAAACAUCAUCUACUCAAAGGCAAAGCACACUUAGAGGAAAUAUGAUGACGUGAUAUUUAUUCCAGGAAUUCUGGAAAAUAAAGCGAAGGGGGGUGACAAAAUAAUUUUUUGUCACUACAAAAAUAUUUUGCACUAGAAGUAGGGUCCAAGACUGCAGAACUGUGUCCCUUCACCUGAUUAAUGUGGCUAGUGUUAACCGGUUAAGGCUAGAAUGAUACAAACCGGUUAUUUAAACCAGUACAGACUGAACUGAAGUCAAAUCUUUCCGUAUUAAUUCAUUCAUUUUUACUGGAGAAAAUCUGAAAGAUCACCGACCAGCCAAAAGCCAUUCAUAUGUAUAUCACAUUAUUUUCUGCAGUUUCAGAUUAUUUAAUUAGUACUAUUGUUGUAUUCUACUGAAAAUAGUGUUUUAUUAUAUUCUACGCAAUUCUGCGUGAAACUCUGUUUCCACCACUGAAUAAAAAACAAAAAAAGGCCAUUGCGACUUUGUAAUCGAACAAUUCUGACUUUUUUUCUCAGAAUUGCGGGAUAUAAACUUGCAGUUUUGAGGUAUAAAGUCAGAAUUGCUAUAUAUAAAUUAGCAACUGCAAGAAAUAACGUCAGAAUUGCGAGAUAUAAACUAACAUUUCUGACUUUUUUCUUGUAAUUGCACGUUUUAAUCUCCCAGUUCUGACUUUUCUUGCAAUUCUGACUUUUUUCUUGUAGUUGCUUGUUUUUAUCUUGCAGCUCUGACUUUUCUCACAAUUCUGACUUUUUUUCUUGUAAUUGUGGGUUUAUGUCGCAAUUCUGAUUUUUUUUUUUUCUUGUAAUUGCAUUUGUCUUGCAAAUCUUUUUUUCUUGUAGUUGUUUGUUUAUAUCUUGCAGCUCUGACUUUUCUCGCAGUUCUGACUUUUUUCUUGUAGUUGCGUUUUUGUAUCUUGCAAUUCUGACUUUUUCAUAAUUCUGACUUUUUUCUUGCAAUUGUGGGUUUAUCUCACAAUUCAGAUUUUUUUUCUUGUAAUUGCAUGUUUAUGUCUUGCAAAUCUUUUUUUCUUGUAGUUGCUUGUUUAUGUCUUGCAGCUCUGAUUUUUCUCACAAUUCUGUUAUUUUUCUUGUAAUUACGCAUUUAUAUAUUGUUGAUUUUUCUUGCAAUUCUGACUUUUUUUUUCUUGUAAUUGUUUGUUUAUAUAUGGCAAUUCUGACUUUCUCACAGUUCUGACAUUUUUCUUGUAAUUGUUUAUAUCUCGCAAUUCAUAUUUUUUUCUUGUAGUUGCUUGUUUAUAUCUUGCAGCUCUGACUUUUCUCUAAUUGUGCAUUUAUAUCUUGUUGAUUUUUCUUGCAAUUCUGACUUUUUCCUUGUAAUUGUGUUUAUAUAUCACAAUUCUGACUUUUCUCAUUAUUUUGACCUUUUUUCUCCCAAUUCUUACUACUUUUCUCAGAGUUGUGGGAUAAACUCGCAAUUGUCCAAUUCCGAGAGGAAAAGAGACUCAAAAUUAUGAAGUGGAAACUCGCAAUUGUGAAAAUUAGAAUUGUGAGAUAAAACGUAGCUAUUACCUUUUUUAUUUUUUAUUCAGUGGCGAAAACGGGCUUCCAUACUUCAGCUACAGUUUCAUGCAUUUUUUUUUUAUUGAACAUUAUGCUUGCAUUUGCUAAAAAAAAACAAGAAUACAUAUUUAUUAUCAAAUUUAUGUUAUUUGCAUGCUAAAACGGCAUUUUGAGCCAGAAAAUACAGAUUUUUCUCUGUAAACGUAAUAUUGUGCAUCUGAUGCUGCACUGAAGCUUUUAUUGUUCAUUAUGAACUUUGUAUUUAGUUCUGCUUCGCCUUUUCUCAAACUCAUCUACAUGGAACUCACUUUACAAUAGCGUCAAUAAUAACUCCGAGAAUCAUUGGUACUUUCUGCAUGAGCUCUGUCUGAACUCUUAGUUCCUAAUUUCUUUUCCUCCGUUUUAGGAGCGCUGUAAUAAAGACUCAGCAUGUGAGCGUAACACCGCACACCCUUCAGCUUAACAUUGCAAUAUAAUGCGUUUGUUUUUUCUAGCGUCAUGCGUUGGUUCUUGUGGUCUUACAGGGCUCAUGUGAAAUCAUUUCUCAGGUCGAACCGCUCAUCAGUUUUGCGUCUUAAGUCAGCUCUCGCUCUUCUCAGGCAAGACUGUCCAAACCACACAAUCUUGCCAAAUCUUGAGGUGCUCUGCACGUCACCACAGCGACCAAUCACAGAACGCCAGGCAUUUAGAGGGGCGGAGCUAGAGCCCCAAUGUCCUCACAGACAGGAAGUAGGUGAAAGUUUAAACCAUUUCCCACACUGGCAGAACAGAAUAUACAAAGAAAGUCAUGUUUUAGCAUUCUUGUAGAUUGCGUAUGUCAUCAAACAAGCAUCCUUGAUCAUUUCAUGGGUAGUGAUGCACUGUACAGCCCCUUAAUAUCAGCUAGUCAGGUGAUUUUUUUUAUUUUUUUUUAUUUUUUUCCCCUCGCUGCACUAUAUAAUCCAGACGCAUGCUGUGAUUCCUGCCACGGUGAAGCUGAGGAACGCACAGGCCGCAGAUCUUACCAUCGUAACCGUUGCUAUACUGCAAGUAGGCGUAUCCUAGGCCAUAAUAAAAACUAGCCUUAUAAGACCUCGUUUAGUCUUAACUUCAAGUUUACUACAGCUGUGUUUGUAAUGACUGCAUGCAUGAUGGGUUUCCAUCUAUACUCGGCCUUAUUUAUUCUAUUUAUGUGUCGUAGUAGUUGCACGUAGCUUUGUUCGGCCAUAGGUGGAGGAGGCGGCGUUGAGCUCGGUGUAUUUUUGUGAUUUGAAGUAUGAUAUUUUCAUACAGCGAGAACGAGACUCUAUUCUUGUGUCUGUCCUGAAGGGUGUUUUUUGUACAUUUUUGUAAUGCUUUUUUUGGAAACUCACCUGUAAAUAUGGCUUCUUUUGGUAAAGUAUUUUUUGGGUUUCUUUCAUGCAUGCCGAAACCACGUUUUUGGAUCUUCACACGGGCAUCAUGCUUUGUGGGGAAAGUCGUAGUGAUUUACUUGAAGUGAAUGACAAGACUUGUUGCAAUAUGGACUUUUUACAGAAAUAAAGUAUAUUUUCACAUAAAAUGGC